GGCAGUAGGAGGCGCAAUCUCCACACCUGACACAAGAGACGUAGGGUUGAGUUAGGGUUAUAGUAGUACAUAGCAUCGCGACAGCAAGGUGACCGCAUUGAAAGGACAAGGACCCUUGAACUGCGGCAUUAGCACAUCGCAUCAGCAAACACGCCGCGAUCUUUAGCAUGUCCCCGAGCCUUUAGCAGCAACAAGCGUCGCUCGCGGCUGAAAAGGACGGACGACGGAGGCAAGCACUGGUGUCCAUGCCAUGUAUAUGUAGCGCAGUGAAAUGAUGGCUGGCCAUUCGUGCUCUCCACGCUCAACUGGUCGUGUCAUCCAGAGUCAUGGCGUCCACGCGCGCAAAGAAGACGACGGCUGCCAGGACGCCAGUGGGAAGUGCAAGCAGCGAGCUGCUGCGCAGAAUGACGGCAAGGAGCCGGCGCAGAAACGCAAGUCGGGGUGGGGUGAGAAGAGGUCUACAGGUGCAAACGGUUGUGGCGAUGACGCCCAGGACGGAAGUGGCAAGGGUGCAGAGGCAGACGGCAAAGAUGGCAAGGAUUUUGAGCAGCCACCCAUCAAACCCAAGGAAACGAAGCUUGAAGGCUGUUCGGUGCAGUCCGUUGACGCAGCCAAGAAGACAGAUCAACUAGCUGCAGAUUCCCUGGACGACAUUCAGCGCACGCACGUGAUCCUGCGGCCGCUUGAAAACAAAGUCUACCCAACCCGGAAUCUGCGCUCGCUGCAGGUCAAGAGCCUGAGCAUCUGCGGUAAGACAUCCGAGGCGCGCUGGGAAACUGUUGCGGAGGAUACGGGCCUGCCGUCGGUGCGAGAGGUCCGCCUGUCGUACCACCUCUCGCACAAGGCACCGGCCGAGUUUGGCGACGCACAGCGUGCGAUCGGCUUGGACGCCCUGUGUGCGUCGAUCCUGCUGCAGGUGCGCAACCCGACACUGCUUCCAUCCGGGCCGGAAGCACCGCCAGAUGGCCUGCCGUGGGAGGGGCGCGCCGAGCUCAGCGAUGAGCAAAUGAAGGGGACAUUCGGGGGAGCGUACGUGGAGGAUGGUGCGGAGGGUAAGAGAACGAGCGGCAACAGGUACAGUAGGCCCGAGCGCAUGGGCCUCCUCGACUGGAUCAGUGUCGAGCUGCUGAUGGUCAAGAGGAACCAGGAGCGUGCGGAGCAGAAUGAAGUGGCCGCCGCCGGCGAGCAGCGAAAGGCGCAGCGCUGUACAGCGCGCAAGGACGCUGACAUGGAUGACGAGAACGCCUUGAAGGAGCUGGCAACGUCGGCGGAAGACUUUCCGGUCGAUGUGCUAUCUGGCAACUGGCUUGGGCACCGCAUCAGCCUAGCGUCAGGCAGCGGCAGCUGUGUGGCCUCUAAGCGCGACGCGUCGCGUCCCGACUUCCGCGUCUCGCGCACUGGCUCGUGGCCAGCGCCGACUGAGGAUGCGGCUGCGCACGGUGCACGUCCGGCGGGACGCAUUGGGCGAAGGCUCAUUUCGGUGUCGCACUUCAACGCCUGCACCCAACCACCCCCCGUACCGCCCUCGCUCCACAUACCCCCUCCACGGCGCAAAGUGCCGCAGCGGCCUUCGCCCAGCGCGGAGAGAACCCGCAUAGGACAAGGCUGGGAGCCUGCUCGUACGGAGCGAUGGGCAGGACACAAGGUCGAGCAGUGCAA